AGGUCUCGAUACUAGCUCGGCUUCCUGACCUGGCUAGCCUGCAGGGCUUCAGUAAACUGUCACAUUUUUCUGCAGAAGACUGUAAAGUGUCGCAUGUUUGUAGUAAUGACACAGUGUUUAUUUGUCGUUGAUGCCACUUACUCCAUGUCCUCUUUCAUCUUCAUCUAGCGGGAGGUGCACCCUACAAUUAUGGAGUUUUAAAAGGAAGAGUGGGAGUUUUGAGGGGAAGGGGGGCCUUUCCCCUCAAGUUUGGUGGUUGGACUCCUGAAUUAGAAGGUCAGGGCUUUGUGACAUUGUUACCUUUUGUAAAAAAGCAGAGGAAAAUCUAUUUUUGUAAAAACUGAAAUGUAGAUGUUUGUAUAAAACACAAGAAGACGUUUUGUAUUUAUUGAAAUCCUAAUGCCAAUGUAUGCUGCAAGCACCUUAGUUUGUGUUCAGGUCUUGGCCGAAAUGGUGGACUGAAACAAGUCACACAGAGGCUCUGGGGUCGCUAGGGUGCAGUGGAACCUCAACACAAGCACAAUUCUAGCACUCCGAACCAUCUCGACCUUUUGUUGAUGCAACUUCUUUUUUUCUUUAUGCAUCUUUUGCCUCUUAAAGAGCAUCUCUAGUUGUGUGUUUUUUGUUUGUUAUCUGAUAUAUUGUUUUUGGUUUAUUUGCACUAGUUAGUGGUUCUGUCAGAUAGACUUUGUGAAACAUAAGGGAGUGUGAAGUUAGUGUGAAGGUCAGUAUGAGUUUGACACCACUGAACUGCACCCACAAAUGCCGCUCACUGCAGCAUGCUGAGAACAUUGUGGCAGCUCUGACGAGUGGCUCUGACGGGCAGUUAAGGGCAUUCUUGUCUUCAUACUGUCACAAUGUGGGCACUUUGCGGGAUGAGUUUGGCCGCACAGCCCUGCAUAUGGCCGCCUCAGUGGGCAAGAAGGUCCUGCUGGAGUGGCUGUUGGAGAAUAAGAAUGCUGACCUGAUGGUGAAGGACAAGGAAUCAGGCUGGACCCCAUUGCAUCGCAGCACCUUCUAUGGACAGAUCCACUGUCUCAUAUCCCUAAUCAAGCAUGGCGGCCUUCUCUCCACUCAAGACAAGGAUGGACUGUCUGUUCUGGACCUGACAAUGAAGGACCGACCAUCCCAUGUUGUGUUCAAAAAAACUGAUCCAACUGAAGUAUACACAUGGGGAAACAACACUAAUUUCAGUCUGGGCCAUGGUAAUCAGGAGAGCCGGCAGCACCCUGAGCUUGUGGAUGUGUUUGCCAGGACUGGAGUUUACAUCAAGCAGGUGGUCCUGUGUAAAUUCCAUUCUGUGUUCCUGUCUCAGAAAGGCCAGGUAUUCACCUGUGGCCAUGGACAAGGAGGACGACUUGGCCACGGGGAUGAACAAACUUAUCUGGUUCCUCGGAUGGUAGAGGGUCUCAUGUCCCACCACUGCUCGCAAGUGGCAGCAGCUAAGGACCACACAGUGGUUCUGACAGAAGAAGGAUACGUUUACACUUUUGGCCUCAACACCUUCCAUCAGCUUGGCCUUUCUCCUCCUCCUACCUCAGCAUAUGUCCCUAAACAGGUGUUUUCCAAGAUGCUGAAAGGGAGGACAAUUAUUGGAGUUGCAGCAGGAAGGUUCCACACUGUUCUGUGGACCAGGGAGGCUGUCUAUACAAUGGGACUAAAUGGAGGCCAGCUGGGUUACCUCUUGGAUCCAAAUGGGGAGAAGUGUGUGACUGCCCCACGGCAAGUAUCAGCCCUGCACCACAAAGAUGUUACCAUUGCUGUGGCAGCAGCUAGUAAUGGAGCAACAGUAGUGGUGACGGAGAGGGGGGAUGUCUACUUGUUGGCUGACUACCAGUGCAAGAAAAUUGCUUCAAGGCAGCUCAACAUUAAGAAGGUUGUGGUCAGUGGCGGCAGUCUGGACCACCGUGUGGACCCACAGAUCCUGAAUGAGGGAGGAGGGGAAAAGGCAGUCAUCUUGGCAUUAGAUGAAGCUGGGAGGGUGUUUUGCUGGCGCUCCUCUGGCAGCUCAGUGAGACAAUGCCGGUGGGCGUACGGACGUCAGGUUUUCAUGUCGGACAUAGCUCUCAGCAAAAACAGCAUGAUGUUUGUGACUCAGGAGGGUGAGGGCUUCAGUGGCGUGUGGGCUGGAGAGUAUAAGAAAUCUGGUGAGAAGAAAGAGGUCAGUUUAGAGGUUUGUGGCCAUUCAGAUGCCGGGACAACAUAUGAGCGAAUCCGGUUGGAGAGACUCCCGUAUGUCCACAGAGCUGUCUGCGUCACCAUGGACUCGAAUGGCCGAAAUUUUGGAGUGCUUCAGGCUGACCCCAAAACAAGCUUGUAUGAGAUCCCCAGCAUUUCUCCAUCCUCUUUUUCCCAAAACUUCCGGAGCAUUCUGGAAGAGGCAGAUGAAAUGGACAGCAUCCAUGAUGUGACGCUUCAGGCCGCUAAUCACACCUUCCCAGCUCACAAGUACAUCUUAUCCAUGAGGUCAGAGUUUUUCCGGAAGCAGUUCAUGUCCUCACAUUGUAGGGUUGAUGAGGAACUUGAUACAGAUCUGAAGAAGAGCGAAGAUGCUGUAGGCUGCAGUCUACUCAUUUUUGAAAAAAUCCCACCCGACAUGCUGGAAUAUGCCCUCAACUUCAUCUACACCGACUCCUGUGAGCUUCUGGUGCAUGGGACGCGUCCAAGGGUUUCAGGGGCUUUGGCAGCACAUAACCAGGAUUCUGAGCAGGAGAGGCUUAUCAGUAGCCUGCAGGACUUGGGCCUGAGCGGUUGUUCAGCUCUUGAGGUGUAUCGCUCCCUUCCUACUGCAACCAAUGGAGAUGGUGACAAGGCCAAGAGCAAGGGAUCCAAGCCUGGCAAGAAGAGUAAAGGAGGCAAAGGUGAUAAGGCCGGAGCCAACGAAGGAGGAGGAGCCAACCCUGUGAAAACCUUGCAGGGUGUUGCAAAGAAGCUUGGCCUGGGGAGCCUGGCUGCACGACUUGAUGCAGUAAAAUAUGAACAUGGAAAAAUCAAUGUCACCAAUAAGAAAACUGGCAACAAAUUCAAAUUCUGCCAGAAGAAAUGCUCGUACCUGUGUGAUGUUACUCUGAAAUCUGAAGAUGGCAAAGAGUUUCCUUGUCACAAAAGUGUCCUCUGUGCAAGACUAGAAUAUUUCAACAGUAUGCUUGGAAACCCCUGGAUUGAGGCCACAUCCUGUAAUGCACUGGAAAUGCCUAUCACUUCAGAGAUUCUGCAGGUCAUUCUCGAGUAUAUCUACACAGAUGAGUCUCCUUCCAUUAAAGAGUCUUUGAAUGUAGAGUUUCUCUGCAGUGUACUGGUUGUGGCUGACCAGCUGCUUAUCACACGGCUUAAGGAAAUUUGCGAGGUCGUCAUCACUGAGAAUUUGACUCUAAAGAAUGCUGCAGAGUUGCUGGAGUUUGCCACCAUGUACAAUGCAGAGCAGCUCAAACUCUCCUGUCUUCAGUUUAUUGUGCUCAACAUGGCUGCCCUGUUGGAGUCAAAAGCCCUGGAUAUUCUCAGUGAUGAGGUGCUUGAGGAUCUGUCUGCAGAAUACAGGCGAAUGAUUCCAGCCAUGCAAAAGAGAAUUAUCACUCCGUAUCAUGGAAUUCCAGAUCUCAGUGUGUUUGGGGAUGAAGAUAUGGAUUUAGCUUUUAGCCCCAAACAAGAGACUGUAUUGGAUCAGUCAUCCAGAGAUGUCUUGUUAAAGAAAGCCAAGAUGAAGGCUAAAAAGAAACCAAGGCGUCGAUCUGACAGCUCAGGGGGCUACACUCUCUCCAAUAUCAUCCAGAGCCCCCCUGCUACAGCAGUGUCCCAGUGCCUGAUGAAGGCAGGCAAGGCUAACUCGACAGAGUCUCUGCAGGAGCUUCUCACAUCAGACUCGGAGAGCAGCUGCAUCGGGCUUGGCAGUCCUCGAGACAUUCAGUCACCAGUCUUCAAUGACAAAGCUGAGGAAGAGAAAGCUUUCAGUCAGGGGCUAAAGACUCCGCCUAGCACCCCAAAUUCUCAGAGAAAUGAUCUCCCAACUCCCCCCAAAUCUGCCUCACAAAUCAUCCCUAAGGUCCUGCCCUGUCCCGCUAAUCCAACCCCUGUCUUGGAUCUGAGAACCAUCAUGGACAUGGAAGCCAAUUCUCUGCUGACUCUCGGAGCAACUCCUAAAAGCCCUGGAAGCACGACCAUGAAGCACUCCCCUGUUCCUACUAAACUGUCCCAGAAGCAGAGGAAGAUGCUGGCCAUGGCCAACAAGGAAGCCAGUGUGGAGUCUACAGCAUCCAAACCAACCCCCACAGUUACCCCAUCCAAAAGCAGUGGAAAGGCCUGGGCAACAGCAGCUCAGUCCCCUCCCUCCUCAUGCUCAUUUCGGGCACUGCUAGAGGAGGAGAAUCGCCUGAUCAGACUGGGACAAACGGGAACACAGAAGAGCCAAGAUGCUCCAACUUCACCCGUCACUCCCACCACUGCUGCCAGAAGGGUCACGUUCAAAUGUGAAAGCAGUGAGCCAGAGAAGCUUGCUGGGCCCUGGGUGCUGGGUGCAGCGGGCAGCCCUCCCCUCUGCUCCCGCAUGACCUUUGCCUCCAUCGUGGAGGAAGAGAAGAAGCAGGAAGCUGCAUUGAUCCGCAGCCGAGAGAAGCCGCUGGCACUCAUCCAGAUUGAAGAGUGCGCCAUCCAAGACCUUCUCUUCCAUUACAAUGCGUGUGACAACCCUGAUGAGCUGAUAGUGGUGGAGAGGUCUUCCAAAGGUCCCAUGGCCGCCCCAACCUGGCAGAAACACUGAUGUUUAACCGCUCAGCCACGACAUGUCAUGAAGGUGAGAAUGUCCCCUGGAGAUGUCAUUGUCUUGUUGGCAGCGUUCCUGCUGCAGCUUCCCCCGAAAUGACGAGGCUUACACUUCCCUCUACAGUGUUACUUCUGUUAUUUUUUCUGUUAUUGCUGCACAAGGUUUUGUUUGUGUUUGCACAACAGAGUGAGUAAUGUUUUAAAUUAAUGUGGUCCCAAACAGAUGCUUUAAAUCUGGGAUUACUUAUGCACGUUUUUUUUGUUGUUUGUUUUGUUUUGUUUUCUGGUGCCUUUAUGGCUAUGCUGAAGUAAUUAACCUUCCUAAAUAAACAUUGUUAAUUCCAUGAAGAUAAAGUCGCCAAAGAAGUGAAGACGUUGAAACCCGCAAAAUGGGUCCAAACCCGACCUUUAGUGUUUUUCAAUUAAUAAAAGCUCUCAAAUGUGAUUAAGGACUAACAGUGCCAAUAUCAAUCCCAGCUGUGUGUUCUCUAAGGCAGGACCCCCAGCUUAUUUUUAUGGUCCUGCUUUAAAAGUUUUUUUGUUGUUGUUUUUUUUUGCUUCAGCUGAUUUACUGUGAUGAUGGAAUAUGUAAAUAUGCACAGUUACCAUAUUUAAAAACAUGUGUAUGGGGAAAUGCUCAGCUGGGGUUGGAUCUGUGGAACUAGAGUUCAAGCCUUUGACAUAAUCAUUGGUUCAUUCUAGAGGAGGCGGUGUUUUCUUCAUCGUUUCAAUCAUUAGUUUAAUCCGCCAUUAGUUUUGGGUUUUUUUUUUGUAUAGAGCCUGCGGAAGCUUUGCAGGUACGUCAGAUCUGGACUAUGUUAUAUUGUCCACAGAUGCCAUUUGUGCGUGUGUGAGAGAUGAAAGAAUAUGAACUGGAAAAGGCAUGCAAUAAAGGCUCUCAAGUGUGCAAUGA